AUGGCAAAACGAAUAAAAGUUCCUACAUAUUUAGAAAAUGUAACCAGCAUACCUCUGGAAUGUUCAGAUGUGGAAAGUGAAUUAUAUGAUAGCGACGGCGAAUUGUUAGAUAGACAAAUUGAUCCACAAGGCAGUGGUGAUAACAGUACUAUUAUCGAGAGUAGUGAUGAAGAAAUUCCUGAUGAAGAAAAUAUAGAUCAGUCAAGUGACAGUGAUUGCGAAAAUAUUCCAAAUAAACGUACGAGACGAUGCAUGCGAUUCCCUUCCAGUUCUGAUGACAAAGGUGGAAGUAACGUACCAAAUCAGCAAACUGAAAUUGCUUCAGACGGAACUAUUUGGACGAAAAUUGAAGAAGGAGGUGUUGCUGGUAGAUUACCAGUUCAUAGUGCUUUCAAAGAUGUACACGGGCCAACAGCACAURCUAAAAGMAACAUUAUGAACGGGGAUCUAAGUAGUGCGUUCCUAUUACUGAUUGACAACGAUAUUUUGGAACAUAUACGAAUUUGUACAGAGUUAGAAGCCUCUCGAGUUUUAGGGAAAAACUGGACUAUUGCGCAAGUAAAAUUGAAAGCAUUUCUUGCAAUAUUGUACGCACGUGGGGCGUACGAAGGAAAUACUUUGAGACUUCAAUAUUUGUGA